AUGCAACUGCACCACAUAGGGUGGCUUGUGGCGGGCAUUUGCGCCCUCUUGGCCUUCCUGGUCAUAUGCUGGGUGGUGUUCAACCACCUCCUUUCCUAUGCCUCUCCAGCCGUGCAGCGGCCCAUGGUGCGCAUCUUGAUCAUGGUGCCUGUCUACGCCAUCGACUCCUACGAGGCCUACGUGCUGUACACGUUCCUGAGUCUGCUGGUGGGUUUCAUGGGCGGUGAGGCCACCCUCGUAUGCGCGCUCGAGGAGAAGCCCCCGUGCAAAGUGCCCAUCCCCUUCUGCUGCUUCCGCUUCAAGCCAGGCAGCCACUUCUACCAUCGGGCGAAGCAAAUGAUCCUGCAGUUCGUGCUGGUGCGACCCCUUUGCUCCCUCGCCACAGUGCUCUUCCUCGUGUUCGACAUCUAUGGCGAAGGUUCCUUUGCACCCAACCGAGGUUACCUGUACAUCACGAUUAUCAAUAACGUCUCCAUCACGGUGGCGAUGUACUACCUGGUCAUGUUCUACGAAGCUCUCGCUGAAGAUCUCAAACCCUUCCGUCCUGGUUACCUGUACAUCACGAUUAUCAAUAACGUCUCCAUCACGGUGGCGAUGUACUACCUGGUCAUGUUCUACGAAGCUCUCGCUGAAGAUCUCAAACCCUUCCGUCCUGUGGCCAAGUUUCUAUGCGUGAAGGCGGUCAUCUUCUUCGCGUUCUGGCAGGGCGUUGCCAUUGCCAUCCUUGCUCACUUCGGUGUGCUCCACGAUGUGGGCAAAUGGACGUCGGAGGACGUGGCGCGCGGGCUGCAGGAUUUUAUCAUCUGCGUCGAGAUGUUGCCCAUGUCUCUCGCGUUUGCCUAUGCCUUUGGUGCGCGAUCUUUCCUCGAGCCCGACUCCACGCACCUGCUCUCCGAAAUUGAGGGACUGGGCAACGUGCUCAAGAACUACCGGGAGCUGCAGCACAACUUCGCGCCGGUCAUGCAGAACUUCCGGGACGUGGCCGACGUGCGAGACGUGCUCGGGGACACCUACCGAUCGUUCGCCCAGGGACCCCGCCGGCACGUGGUCGCCGCCGACUUCCUCUCGCUCUCGCCCGAGGAGCAGCUCCUGCGGGUGGUGAAGCAGGGCUGGCUCAUGAAAGGCGGCACCAUCAACAAGCUCUGGAAAAAGCGCUGGGUGGUGUUCAUCAACAACCCGUGGGGCAUCUUGUACUACGAGAAGAGUCCCUUCGUCAGCGAAGACGACGACGUACCCAUCUCCUGA